ACUAGGAAGAGAGGGAACCAGCUGUCAACAAUGAUUUAUUGUUAGCUUAUAUUUUCGGUGUUUGUUUUUUUAGACAUAUUGUGAGUCUCUAGACUGACAGUCCUACUCCCUCGUCUUCUUCCUCUACGGUGUUUCCAGAACCAACGUUGUUCCGAGUUCGUGACAAUUCCAAAGAGAAUCCUUACCCACCGCGAGCACACAAAUACAGAGAACAUAGGACGUGCGCGUGCCUUCUUGCCUUCCGUCGUUUAUCUUCUUGAGACUUCACACCCGUGAACACGGUUGACUGCUCGCCCUCCUGCAGGCUCUAAGCACGAGGGAAUCACUCGCAUCGGUCCGUCAAAAUGCAUACACGAAAACAACAAUUACCGGCUGAAGAUUAACAUACAGACACACCUGCGUGAGAAUAAAAGGCGCGGCGCCUGAUCUUUACAGUUAUCGGUUUCGUUCAACGGAAAACUGGAUUUUUCUGUGUUCUUUUAGGGAGGGGGUAAGCGACAGUAGAUACAUGAGAGGAAGGGUAGCAGUCUGAAUAGCAAGGAGGGUGUCUCGGAGAGGAGGGAGAGAGAGAGACUGGUGCUGUCCUUUCAGAACCACGGAAAGCAGUCACCCUUGGCACAGCAGUCACCCUUGGCACAGCAGUCACCCUUGGCACAGCAGUCACCCUUGGCACAGCAGUCACCUUACUGCCCGUGGAUGUCAUAAACAGGUUAUACCAAAACCACCACAACAGGAGGAGAGUCAUUGUGUUGGAUUUGGAUAAAAAGAAAAACAAAACAAUUAUAUCAUCAUCUUUAUCUCUCGGAUGUAUACCACUACGAUGUGACGUCCAUUGUUUAUGGGAAGCCAUUGACUACAAUCAUUUGUGCAAUUAUAUGUUCUCCCUCCAGUAGGUCUGGCUGCUGAUUGAUUUCCGUGACAGGUUGGAGAACCGUUGGAGCAUCUGGCAUUAUCAGUGGGAAUAUGUGCUAAAUUAGGUCUAUACGUGUAUUGUUUGAGGGUCUGUAGUCUGUAAUAGCAGCAGCAGAUUUAUUUUGUGCAUUGUUCUAUUUCCUAUAGCAUCCUACUCCCCCUCCCCUGGUAAUCCUGGGUGUGCAUGUGUUGCACUUACGAGAGUUCUCCCUCCCUCCCUCCCGUUGAGGCGUGCGGUGCUCCUAGAGUUGCCGUUGUGAUGCCGGGAACUUACUGGAGACAUGCCUAAGGGACGCAAUGGGCUUGAGCGACGAGAAGGAUCGCAUUGUGAUAAACGUGGGAGGUAUCAAACAUCAGACAUAUCGCGGUACCCUGCGUACCCUGCCCGGCACCCGUUUAUCCUGGCUCGCCGAACCCGACGCGCCUAGCCACUUCGACUGGGAUGACAAACAUGAGGAAUUCUUCUUCGACCGCCACCCGGGUGUUUUCGCCCAUAUCCUUAAUUAUUACCGGACAGGUAAACUUCACUGCCCUGCCGAUGUCUGCGGACCACUGUAUGAGGAGGAACUGGCCUUCUGGGGCAUCGACGAGACGGACGUGGAGCCGUGCUGUUGGAUGACCUAUAGCCAGCAUCGGGAGGCGGAAGAGGCACUUGAUAGUUUUGGCGGGGGGGCCCUGCUCGACCUGACUGGUAACGAUGAUCCAGACCCGGAGAUUGCAGCCGACCAGGGGGACGGGGUUGGUGAUGAGGCUGAUGAGAUGACAAGGAGGCUGGCACAGGGGGAUUCUCCAGAUGCCAAGGCAGGGGGGUUUUGGGGCCGCUGGCAGAAACGCAUGUGGGCUCUGUUUGAAGACCCCUACUCCUCUAAAUACGCACGGUGGAUAGCCCUGGCCUCUCUGUUCUUCAUCCUCGUGUCCAUCUCCACCUUCUGCCUGGAGACCCACGAGUUCUUCAACCCCAUCGUGAACCGCACCGAGCUGGAGCUGGUGGACAACGUGACGGUGGAGCAUGUGUACCAGGAGACGGAGACGGUGGUCUAUCUCACCUAUAUCGAGGGCGUCUGCGUGGUCUGGUUUACCUUUGAGUUCAUGAUGCGAGUCAUAUUCUGUCCGGACAAGAUGGAGUUCAUGAAGAAAGCUCUCAACGUUAUCGACUUUGUGGCUAUUUUACCGUUCUACCUGGAGGUCGGGCUGAGUGGGCUGUCUUCUAAAGCGGCUAAGGAUGUUCUGGGGUUCCUGAGGGUGGUGAGGUUCGUCAGGAUCCUGCGUAUCUUCAAGCUGACCCGUCACUUCGUGGGCCUGAGGGUUCUGGGUCACACGUUACGGGCUAGCACCAAUGAGUUCCUCCUCCUCAUUAUCUUCCUCGCCCUCGGAGUCCUCAUCUUCGCCACGAUGAUCUACUACGCCGAACGGAUGGGAGCGGACCCGACCGACCCGCGCGCCAGCGAUCACACGCACUUCAAGAACAUCCCCAUCGGAUUCUGGUGGGCCGUCGUUACCAUGACGACCCUUGGCUACGGCGACAUGUACCCCCAGACGUGGUCGGGGAUGCUUGUCGGCGCGCUGUGCGCCCUGUCGGGUGUACUGACCAUCGCCAUGCCCGUCCCCGUGAUCGUCAACAACUUUGGAAUGUAUUACUCCCUGGCCAUGGCGAAGCAGAAGCUACCAAAGAAGAAGAACAAGCAUAUCCCGCGAGCACCCCAACCAGGAUCACCCAACUACUGUAAGUCCAGCAUCAACUCUCCUCCAACGCCCCAUAAAGCACCGCUCCUUCCUGAAAGCCCGAACUUAGUCCACCCCGUUUUGGCUCUGGCUCAAAACAUGGCUCUGACACACGACGACGUCUUUGAAGUACAGUUUCCAGAUUCCAAGCUGAAUGGGGAGGCGGCCAAUGCAGCUCUAGCCAAUGAGGACUGUCCUCAUAUAGACCAGGCCAUCUCGCCAGAGGAGAUCUUCAGCCCCAGUGAGAGAGAACGGCCUUGUUGUCUUGUCACCACAGCUGCAGAACGACCCAACCACACAGGGGGUAGAGUCAGGAGGGGUUAUGACAAGCCUUGGAGCGCCCUAAACAGCAUGUCUGGCAUGAGCGUGAGUGGCCUGGGCGGCCAUGACACCUCUGGAGUGUCGUCCUCCUGCGUUGCCGCGCUACCCUGCAGUCCAUCCUGUCUCAUCCAGCACUCCCACUCCCCCAUCCCAUCCAUUCUCUGAACUCUAGCAUGGUUCACCAGGACACUUUGGUCCUGUCCAGAAUCAACCCCUAACGGUAGCCGCGGACAACCCACUAGACACUUGUGGAGAUCUGAGAGGAUUGGAUAGGUGUAGGCAAUAUGGUGAUAGCGCCACCUAGCCUAUCAGAGGGCAAGGUGGAGUUGUCACCAUAUUUUAUUGCGUAGUUACACCUCUCCAAUCCUCUCAGAUCUCUAGGGGUUGUUUCUGGACAAAUCCUAUCACUAUGUGACCUGACCUCUCGCUACUGCUCUCUCCUCUCUCUACUUCUCUCUCCUCUCUCUACUCCUCUCUCCUCUCUCUACUGCUCUCCCCUCUCUCUACUGCUCUCCCCUCUCUCUACUGCUCUCCCCUCUCUACUUCUCUCCCCUCUCUCUACUGCUCUCUCCUCUCUCUACUGCUCUCUCCUCUCUCUACUGCUCUCCCCUCUCUCUACUGCUCUCCCCUCUCUCUACUGCUCUCCCCUCUCUCUCCUCUCUACUGCUCUCUUCUCUCUCUACUGCUCUCCCCUCUCUCUACUGCUCUCUCCUCUCUCUACUGCUCUCUCCUCUCUCUACUGCUCUCUUCUCUCUCUACUGCUCUCCCCUCUCUCUACUGCUCUCUCCUCUCUCUACUGCUCUCCCCUCUCUACUGCUCUCCCCUCUCUCUACUGAUCUCCCCUCUCUCUCCUCUCUACUGCUCUCUUCUCUCUCUACUGCUCUCCCCUCUCUCUACUGCUCUCCCCUCUCUCUACUGCUCUCCCCUCUCUCUACUGCUCUCUCCUCUCUCUACUGCUCUCCCCUCUCUCUACUGCUCUCUUCUCUCUCUACUGCUCUCCCCUCUCUCUACUGCUCUCCCCUCCCUCUACUGCUCUCCCCUCUCUCUACUGCUCUCCCUUCUCUCUACUGCUCUCUCCUCUCUUUGGUUUUACUCUUGCCCUUACUCCCGCGUUCCUUUUCUGCUUUUCUUUUUUUUUCCCGUCUCCAAUUUAUCUCCAAAUUGAAAUAAUGGUACAACUGCUCCCAAGACAAGGUCUUAGCAUGGGAGUCUCAGCAGCUCCAGUACAUUGUCACAUGGGCCUCUUUGCAUGGAUUGCCUAGUUCAGAGGCAGAGAUAGCUCCAGUAAAGCAUUGAUGAUGAUAUACUAGUCUGAUAUGUGAUUCUACAGGAUAUUAUCCCCUAUUGUCUAUUUGUUCGACCUUUCUAUCAUUGCCUGUUGCUCUGUUGUUUUUGAUUUCUCAUACUUUUUUUUGUUCUAUAUUAACAACUUUCUCAUCUGCUUUUUUAUAACAAAACUUGUGAAAUAAAGACAAUUUCAUAAGAUGUAUUUAACCCCUGCUUUAAAAUGUUUAUGAUGCUGAAGCUAUGGUUUUACUUAUUGGGAGCGAACAGCUGCCUGCUGUUUGCUGGUGUCCCAAAUGACACCCUAUUCCCUACAUAGUGCACUACUGGCACCCUAUUCCCUACAUAGUGCACUACUUGCACCCUAUUCCCUACAUAGUGCACUACUUGCACCCUAUUCCCUACAUAGUGCACUACUGGUACCCUAUUCCCUACAUAGUGCACUACUUUAGACCAGAGACCCUAUGGGCCCUGGUCAAAUGUUGUGCACUUUAUAGGGAAUGGGGUGCCAUUUGGGAUGCAGGGGGUUGUUGAGUAUCUCCCAUGAAGUAUUUCCUUGUUGCAAAGUGAAGAAGUUCUGAAUACAUGAUGUGUAUGAUGAGACAAAGACUUUAUAUCUCUGAGAGUAGAUUUCACAUCUGGAAUGAGUAGAGAUCUGAUGAUGAUUCUAGAAUGAGCAAGACAUUUAGAAUGAUGAUGAUUCUAGAAUGAUGAAGAGAUCUAGAAUGAUGAUGAUUCUAGAAAGAUCAUUUUUCUGAGACUAGUGACGAUGAUGCGUUUUUGUCAACAGAAACUAAACUUUUACGUUUCAUUUGCAUGUGUUGCAUGAGAUUAUGUUCAACGAGAAGCUAACUGUGUCACAAGUAAGAAAAACAUGUUGCGUUCUUUCAAAAGCUUCUUCUUCUUCUAUUAUACACAUUCUGAAGCAGCUUAUCCUAUAGCAAGAGACUCAUAGCAGAACUAUUCGUGUAGCUGCCAUGUUUUGCCUUUCCCAAAUUCAUGUAUUGUUUACUUACUGUGUGGUUUUAGGAAAUCAUUUUUUUAUAUAGGAACCUACUUUCAAAAGAGUAACACUUGACUUAAUAUACCAGACUUCAUUAAGAUUUACUAGUGAGAUAAUAUGAACUGUUUUGCAGUUUAACGAUACAUAAUGAUACACAUUCUGCAGACAUGAUGAUGUAUCGUUUACACCUGUACUUAGGCAGUAAAACAUAGACAAAAAGCACUUUAUCAAGUCUCGAGUUGACUUAUUUAUCAGACAAAUGAAAUCCUAAUAAAAGAUAUAUACCGCUUUAUUUGGGCUUUCCAUUUCCUUUUGUCUGAUCAUGACUCUUCUGUGGUGGUGCUUGAUGUUAAUUGUUAAAACCCUUGUGAAGAUUAAAUAUCAAAAGAGAUACAGGUGAACUAUAUGUUCGUACGUAAUGCAAUUAUCUAAGGUUACAGUACAGUAU